AUGAUUGACAAACAAAUAAUCAAAGAAGGUAUUGGAGACACUCCUAGAUUAUACGAUGAAGUUUUCUGUAAUUUACAUUUCUAUAAUCUUAGUCUUUUUUAUUGCUCAUAAUUAUUAAGGAGAAUUAUUAACUUGUUCAUAAAACACUGCUACUAAGACAAUUAUUGGAAGAGGAUGGUUGUAACCUAAUAUUGAAGAAAUUCUUAGUAAAAUGAAAUAAGGAGAACGCAGUCUUAUUAAGAUUUAUCAUACACCUUCCACCAAAGUAUUACAAAUAGUUAUCAAAGGAAUUUUAUGAUCAAUAUGAAAUCGAGAUUAUAAGAAUAGGGAGAAAGUUGAAUAAUCCAUGGCAUCUAGAAGGAGAGGAAGUAUAUGAUAAAGCUUUAGAAUUAAAAGGGUUAGGCAAUGCUGAUAUCAAAUAAUAAAAAUAUCUAGAAGCCCAAAAUAAAUAUUUGGAAUCAUUAAAUUUAAUAAAAACAGAAUAUUGUGAUAGAGAAUAAGAAUUAUAAGGAUAAUUACGAUCUAAUCUAUCUCUAACAUAUUUGAAAAAUAAAUAAUUUGAAUAAUGCAUUAAAUAAGCUACAAAUGUCUUAUAAGUAUAACCUGAAAAUGUUAAAUUAUUACAUAGAAGAGCUGUGGCUUCAAUUUAAAUAGAUGAUUUUGAUAGUGCUAAGUAAAAAUAAUAUUAAAUAUAUAUAGAUCUGAUUUAAAAUUGGCAAAUUAAUUGGAUCCUUAAAAUGAGGAAGUAAUAAAAGAAUUAUAGAGUAUUGGUGAGAAAGAGAAAUAGAUUAAAAAGAAAUAAUAGGAGAGAGCUAAGAAAAUGCUUUUUGGAGAAUGA